AUGAUGAAGUUGAUUCUCUUCACCGUUUUCGCCAUUCUGGCAGUUGUUAGUGUUUCAGAAGAUGAUGAUGGAGCUGCAAUGCUUGCAGUCUCGAGAGCCUUUCAGCCGCAUCCACCUCGGUGGUCCACUCGGUCUUCCUUUGCAUACUGCAAAUGGAAAGGCGUGGAGUGCAACCACAUCAACCACCGGGUUAUUUCAAUUAACAUUUCUGGUUUAUUGCUAGGUGGAGUGAUUUCAUCGGCGAUCAGUUCUCUCCCUGAGUUGGUUGAGGUUAACCUCCAAAACAACCAACUCACUGGAGAAAUACCGAGGCUUCCAAAACACAUAAAGGUUGUUUAUAAACUCGGGAAUCAGUUGCUUAGACACAUGUCAAGAGACAAUGGAGUGACUACGGGCAUAGUCAUUGCAAGCACAGUUGGAGGUGGACUCAUUUUGAUCACCUUUAGUAUCCUGGUUUGUGCUUACCAGCUCAAGAAAUCUACUCUGGAAAACGUUGAGAAUGGUAGAAGUAGAACUGAGGAAGUUCAGAGGGCAUUGAUUACUGGACAUGAUCGUGAUGAAAACCAUUACCCAAUAGAAAAUCUUCGUCGAGCCACCAACGAUUUCAGUGACGAAAAUGUAUUAGGCCGAGGUGGUUCUGGGGUCGUUUACAGAGGAGUACAACGUGAUGGCACCACUAUCGCUGUUAAGAAGAUGGAGUUUGGAGUUCUUGAUGAAAGGGCGAUGAGUGAGUUCAACAAUGAGAUUAGUGUUUUUACUAGUCUUCGACACAAGCAUUUGGUUCCACUUCUUGGAUUCUGCAUUGAUGGCAAUGAGAAGCUGCUUGUGUACGAGUAUAUGCCCCUUGGAACAUUGGCGCACCAUUUGUUCGAGUGGAGUAACCGCGGGUAUAACCCUUUGACAUGGACUCAGAGGAUAGCCAUAGCAUUGGAUAUCGCACGGGGGAUUCAGUAUCUUCAUGGUCUUGCGAGAAGAAACUAUAUCCAUAGAGACUUGAAGCCUUCCAACGUACUUAUAGGAGAUGGCAUGAGAGCGAAGAUUUCUGAUUUUGGUUGUAUGAAGCUCUUACCCGAGGGAGUCGACUCAGUUGAGACUGCAACAGUGGUGGGAACCUUCGGUUAUAUUGAUCCAGAUUAUCUUAUUAUAUGUAUAAAGGGUCACAAAAAAGGCGGAUGUUUAUGCAUUCGGGGUGAUACUAAUGGAGUUGAUCACAGGAAGAAAGCAAAUGAUGAGACAUUGAGUGAUGAUGAACAAAAUGUGGUCAGGUGGUUACGUCCGAAGAUUAAAGAUACAACAUUCUUGAACUUGAUUGAUGGAACUAUAGCAACAGACGAAGAAACCAUUGAGAGCAUCAAGAAGAUUGCGAAAUUGGCUGAAUACUGCACUUCUCAAGAGGUUGAAAGUAGACCAGACAUGUUUCAAACAGUGAAUUGGCUGGUUCCUCUUGUGGAG